AUGUGCGCCUGGAUGACAGAGCCCUACCUCGAAAGCAUCGACAUAAGAAAAGAAGAUGUGCCGAUGUUGACAUUCAUCGACAGCAGCGAUCCCGAAUGUCAAGCACGUGACCUGGGAGCGCUGGAAGGAAUGCCAGAGGAUUGGCAUUUCUGGCUCUGGUGCUCGAGAGAAGAGACAGAAGAAGAACACGCUAAUGAGGAACCAGAAUAUGAUGAAUAUGGCGAACCGAUUCCCGAAGAUGGCCUUUCUCAUUACACAUGCGGGACGAAGACGAUUAUUCAUCAAGGAGAAACAGGCGACGAAAUAACGUCUGCAUCAUGGCCAUUGGCCAAUUGGCAAAUCGAGCCGCAUAUCCAGCACAGUAACAAUAUCAGCACGAGCGACCCUUUUCAUAUGCGACAGAUUACACUUCCAAUCGAGUGCGAAUGGCCGACGACUGCUCCUGGGGAUGAUCCGAUGGGGUUCAAUUUUGCGCGCAGUGGAGGACCUUCCUACUUCAAGACUGUUUCCAACAUCGACCUGACCGUCGAGAUUCAGCUAUUCAAGGAUGCCCAGUUUACUGAUCCGUAUGGAGAAAAGCCUCAGUUUGUGCUUCAAGGAGAAAAGGAAAUUUUCAUUUCCGUCAAGUUUGUACAGCAAGUUCCAAACGAUGUCGCCAUGCACCUCGUUCAUCUUUGGGCCUCACCAGGUAAAUUGACUUCAGUCAUGACUCAGUAA